AUGGGUUUCUUCGACCAUGACUCCGAUGAAGCCCGUCACUACGACGAAAUGACCAACCGCCCUCACGAGGCUAAAUGGUCCCACGAGCUCAUCGGUGGUGCGGCCGCGUACGAAGCCAUGAAGGCCUACGAGGACCACGAAGCUCGCAACGGCAAGAUUGAUAACCACGCCAAGGCGAAGGAGGUCGUUGCUGGUCUUAUCGGUGCCUUUGUUGAUCGUGAGGUCGAGACCAAGGGUUUGGACUUUAUUGAUCGGGAGAGGGCUAAGCAUCAUGCUCGUGAGCGUGCCGAGGAGGCGAUGGGUAACAGUGGACGCUGGUAG